AUGUCGUUGUGGUCUUUUAGAAUACUAAAAAUGGCUGAGAGUGUCGGUGAUGCAAUCGCCUGGUCUUUAGAUAAAAUAUCUCAUUUGACCAUAGGACAAUUGCUGAUAAGAUUUAUCGAUCGCAGUUUAAAUAUUGUUGAAAAAACAGCACAAUGGAGCUUACCCUACAGUGAAGUAAUUGCUGAGGAAGAUGGAAAAUUAUUUAAAACGAUAGAAUUGGUUAGACCUUUACCUUGGAUCUUUUUUCUACCAAGUUUAGUUGUUUUACGUAGCUUCAGAUUAACAUGGAACAUUGGAGCUUGGGUUUUUGGAUACCCUCAGAUUCAACCGGUUGACAUUGUUAAAUCUAUGCAAAAAACACGAAGACGCUUGCGAGUAAUCAGAUUGAAUGGUGGUAAAAGAAUGAGAAAAAUAAAACCAAAUUUACGGGACAGAAGUUUACGGAUAAAUGAAGCGAAGAGAAGUUUAUUGAAGUCGAUUCAAAUUACUUUAUCCAGUCUGUCUUGUCUUGAUGCUUGUAAAAUGAAAUCCUCGCCAUCGCCAACGAGGGUUCGUUUGAACACCAAUAACGAAACUGAACCAACACCAGUAACAGAACCAUUGAUUGCCGGCGUGGAUGGAGAUUUUAAACGCAGAUUUUCACAACAAGAAGACAAUAAUCGAGAAUUAGAUGGAUCUGAUGAUGAGAUACCUGAUGAAGAUGAACAAGAAAUACAGGCAGAAGUUGAGGAGUUACUGAAAGACGUUGAUUCGAUAAAAAAUAUUGUAGAUGAUUUGGAACCAGAUCCUCAACAAAAUUUGAUGAUGCAACAGUAUGAAACUUUCCUUGAAAAAAAAAGAUUAAAUGGAAAUGAACAUUUAAUAAAAAAAUAUUCCGAAGAAUCACAAGAUUAUUACUCUCCGAAAAGUAAUGAAGAUGGAGACACAGCUUUUUAUUCGCCGCUGAGCUCUAAAAGCUCAAGUCCAGAGCCAAUUGAUAAUGAUAAUGAUAAUGAUCGGCCAAACAAAAAUGAUGACACAACCACCAAAGUCGACGAAAAAACAAUAAAAUCAUCCGAUCAAAUUCACGAUAAUCAUACUCGCUCUUCCGCUAUUACGAUUUCCACUUCUCCAAAACCAAUUAUUAGUCAUGGAAAAGUGUAUCGUCGUAAAAAAUCAACCGGUUAUCAAGGUCGUUCUUCAAAUGAAAGAGGAAAGAAAAAAUAA